AUCAAAAUCACAUCAAAGUUUUCAGUUUAAUAAAAGGAAAUAUUUUCUACACCAAUAAUUGUUUUUUUUUUUUAUUUAUUUCUCCGAUAUUAAAACAAAAUUAUCAAUGGAGGAUCCGAACUCCACUUUGUUACCUUACAUACUCGAGACGCUGAGCCGCAAGCCGGAGUUGUGCGACACCUUCGAUAACAUCUGUAAAGAGAUCGAGGACCAAUUGCGUGUGGAUAAAAACACUCGUUAUGGUAAUAUACGAAACGCCUUGCAACGCGCCUUGAACGUCGGCCAGUCACUGGGCAUUAUCACCUUGUCCCAUGAGACGAUACGCAUGCCAUUUAAUUUUCGCUCGACCUCAGUGGCCAAAGGUAAGGCACGGGACGACGUACAACAGGUGCAGCAGCCACCUAUCGGCACCGGAAAUCCGCCGGUAGCACAAAAUACGAAUGAACGUAGUGCAGCCGCGCUGCCGAAGAAACGCAGCCGUGAAGUGGAAAAUAGUUUCUUCUCUCGGCGUCGUGAUCCUGAUUAUAUGAGUUCGCCUCCUAUGCGGCACAGACAAGCCAGAGGUCGUCCGAGAUCCCGUCCGCGUGCACGGAAGACUGCACGUAAGCCAAUCCGUAGGCGUCCUUAUCACAGAAGGCGUUGAGUGUGUCUUCGCGUAAUGUAUUUUGUUGCAUUUUCUGCUAAAAAUCCAAAAUCUGUACGUUAAAAAAUUUGUAUUAAAUAGAAAUUUUUGAUGAGUGUAA